AUAUAUUCAGGUGUGAUCGCGUCGGCCACGGACGCGGGCUACGUGAGUUCACUGCUGGUAGUGAGCUACUUCGGCAGCCGCGGUAGCAAGCCGCGCUACAUCGCCAGCGGGGCCUUCGUGGCCGGGCUGUGCUGCUUUGCCUUCGCCGUGCCGCACCUCAUCUACGGCGCCGGAGCCGACAUGCGUGCGCUCUCCCUGGAAUUUGGGGAGUAUCGCGAAACCCAAACGUCCUCGAACACCUCCUCCAGCUCU